AUGAGUUGCCUUGUUAAGAGCAACAAGUCUUUUAACUCCUUCAGAACCGGGGAAAUCUCUGCCAUCAACUGGCUGUUAGGGGCAAAGUUGGGAUCAUUACUCGUCUCUCGGCCAUCUGGCUUUGGAGAAAGUUUCCUGCAAAACUCUCAACGUCGUGUUACGUUUCACCUCCCCGAUGGGUCGCAGGAAAGCUGCAGUGACAGUGGCCUAGGAGAUCAUGAGCCUGUGGGUAGUGGAAUGAUGGUCUCACACCCUCUCCCUCUGGUUCAGCCGCAGGACGAAUUCUACGACCAGGCCUCCCCGGACAAGAGGACCGAAGCAGAUGGAAACUCGGACCCCAACUCUGAUGGACCCCUUGGCCCCCGAGGACUGGCCGAAGCUACAGAAAUGUGCACCCAAGAAUGUCUUGUGCUGGGCCAUUCAGACAACUGUUGGAUGCCCCCUACCUUGGGUUCAUACCCGCAGCCCAAAUCUCCACUCUCUACCUUUGCACCUCAGAAGGAAUGGGUGAAGAAAGACAAACUGGUGAACGGACAUACACUGACCAGGACCUGGAAAGAAGAUAGCAACAGAAACCAGUUCAGUGACCGAAAGCAAUUUGGCUCUGGGGAAGAGCAUUUCAACCCUGCCAAUCACAUGACAGACAUUCCUUUGGCUAACUUGAAGUCCUAUAAACAUGCAACAGGAGCCAUGGAGAGUCCAAAGGAAAACCAGCUAUAAGGAAUGGUUUCUUUGGAACAGGGACUUUAGCCUAGUUAGACUUGCUAAUACUGUGUGUGUGUGUGUCAGAGCUUUAUGUACUGGGUAGACCUCUAGAACUAUGCGUCACAUAGCUGAGAUAUGCAUAACUGUGGGAUAGCUCCAUUGAACUACAAUGCAACAGCAUUUCUACUAGUUGUGUGAUUUUGUUACAUAGACAUAAUCAAACUCUUACAGAGAUUCUCUCCAGUUUGGCAAAUAUCCUGGUUUUCUUUUUUCUUUUCAAUUUAUUGGGGAUAAUGGGGUGGGGCUGUUAAUUAGCUUUUUUUAAAAAAAGAUAUUUUUUAUUUUUACCCUGGACUGCUGCUGUAAACAGUAGAAAAGUAUAUUGGAAGAAUGAGAGAGAGAAAAAAGAAGAAAAUAUGGUGUGUAUGUCUGUGUGAGUGAGUGAGUGAGUGAGAGAAAGAAAGAAAGAAAGAAAGAAAGAGAAAGAAAGAGAGAGAGAGAGAGAGAAAUGAAUUGCAAUUCUUAGAAAGUAUAUCCAAUUAGAAAAUUGUGUUAUUGUCGCCAUUGAACCUGUGCUGGGACUGCUAUACUUGACAUCUUUACUGAAACAAAACAACUAAAACUGCAAACAUUAAACCUACUGUGCUAUUAACAACGUUAGUGGACACUUGUUAAGUCAAUCAGUGUUCAAGUACUUGUAAAUAGAACAAAUUAUUACUAAUAACUUUUGUGUACUUAUAACGUUCACCUAAAAAAUACUGUAGCAUAAUUCUGUGUUUCACGGUUACUUUUUUUUUUUGUCCCCUACUUUAUUUCAUUCCUUCCUUUUCUUUAAAAGAAAAGAAAAUGUUUGUUUUGGUGAUGGUGUUUCGUGUUAAAUAAUCUGUCUGACACACCAUGUUCCAAGGAACU